AGAAAAUAACCAGAUCACAUUUUCCGAAAUUAACUUUAGGUUAAAAAAUACUGUGAAAUUCCUAUAUUACAUAUUAGUUCAUUAAUGCUUAAUAAAUAGUAUUCAGGAAUCUAUUACAAAAAUGUUCUCUCUAAAGCUUGCCAAUGUUGUUAAAAACGCAAAAAUACAAAAUUCAUUCAAGAUUCUUUCAUGUUCUGCGAGUAAUAAUGAGCCUACGAGAAUAGAAAAAUCUAUAAACAAUGUCACUUUACUCGGAAGGGUUGGGGCAGAGCCACAAAAAAGAGGAAGCGAAGAGCAUCCUGUAGUCACAUUCUCUGUUGCUACUCAUUCAAAUUACAAAUACGAAAGUGGUGAACUAUUGCAAAAAACAGACUGGCAUCGAGUUUGCGUAUUCAGACCUUCCUUGCGAGAGUCCGUAUACAACCAUCUAAAAAAGGGACAAAGAGUUCAUGUCACCGGGCGAAUCAGUUACUCAGAAAUUAAUGGAGAGGAUGGCAAACCGAGACAUACAACUUCCAUAAUAGCAGAUGAUGUGAUAUUCUUUCAAAUGCAUUAGAUUUAAGUAUAUAUAGCUAACUAGUAUUUUCUAAAAUAGAUACAAAAUGAAUUUUUAUGUAUAAGUGUUUUAUAAAUACACAUAUUUUA